UGGAAUUUGGGUCAUUCCACUGUAAGCUUUUCCUAUUCUAUUAGGGUAAUAUGAGGAAUUUAUAUACAUUUUGAAUAGCUUCCAUUGAUAGAGACUUAGUUAAAAAUACCCAGACAUAACGGACAUAAUAAAAACACUGUGGAAUGUCACACGACCGGACUUGGGGCUGAAUGCGAACAGGGCAUGCUGUCAGACAGGGGCGAACCGGUGCUGUAUCUCAACCAGCAGAAUAAUGGCUGAGGACUAUUGGGAGAGCACACUGGCUUUGGGAUAUUUUUGCUAAGAUUACAAGGGCAUACGGGAUCUCGCGUCCUCGGAGAGCUUGAACUGUGGCUACCCCUCCGCCCUCUGCGUCUCGGCCCCCGCCCUCCGCGUCUCGCCCCCCACCCUCCGCAUCCCGCCCCCCGCUGCCCCCUCUGAUGGACCGCAUGAGGAAGAUCAAGCGGCAGCUGUCCCUCACCCUGAGGGGGGGCAACAGUGGGGAUAAGACCAGUGAGACCAUCAGCCCUCAGGACACAGCGCACAGUCACAGUGACUCCGAGACCAUGUCAGUGCGGGGCAGUGGCACUGGCAGUUUGCGGGGUUCAGUGCGAGGCAGUGGUGGUGGAGGCUCGUUCAGCAUGCACUCCCUGCUCCAGUCGUACGGCUCCGCCCUGCGCCGACCACACAGCCUGGGCCGCAGCCUCAGCUCCUAUCUCAACCACACCACACGCCUGGAGAUAGUUCAUGAAGAUGUGAAGAUCGGCUCUGAUGGGGAGAGUGACCAGGUCUCGGCCACCUCUUCUGAUGAAGGUCACAGUCCUGUCAGGGUCCGCCUCAGGAACAACUCUGUACGCAAGAUAUCCACCGAGGAUAUCAACAAGCGGUUGUCCUUGCCUGCGGACAUCCGUCUCCCAGAUGGCUACCUGGAGAAGUUCUGUCUGAACAGUCCUCUUUUUGACAAACCUCUGAGCCGGAGGCUAAGGAGAGUCUCCCUGUCCGAGAUUGGCUUUGGGAAGCUGGAGACCUAUGUGAAGCUGGAUAAGCUAGGAGAGGGAACCUAUGCCACGGUAUACAAAGGGCGCAGCAAGCUGACUGACAACCUGGUGGCUCUGAAAGAGAUCCGAUUGGAGCAUGAGGAGGGGGCUCCCUGCACUGCCAUCAGAGAAGUGUCUCUGCUGAAGGAUCUGAAACACGCGAACAUAGUGACCCUCCAUGACAUCAUCCACACGCAGAAGUCUCUCACACUGGUCUUUGAGUACCUGGAUAAAGACCUUAAGCAGUAUCUGGAGGACUGUGGCAACUCUAUCCACAUGCACAAUGUGAAGCUCUUCCUGUUCCAGCUGCUGCGCGGCCUCAACUACUGCCACCGCCGCAAAGUCCUCCACAGAGACCUCAAACCCCAGAACCUGCUCAUCAACGACCGCGGAGAGCUCAAACUGGCUGACUUUGGCCUGGCCCGGGCUAAGUCCAUUCCCACCAAGACAUACUCCAACGAGGUGGUGACGCUAUGGUACCGUCCCCCAGACAUCCUCCUAGGAAGCACUGACUACUCAACGCAGAUAGAUAUGUGGGGAGUGGGUUGUAUCUUCUAUGAGAUGUCUACAGGCCGCCCCCUGUUUCCUGGUUCCACAGUGGAGGAGGAGCUGCACUUCAUCUUUAAACUGCUAGGUACACCCAAUGAGACAUCCUGGCCUGGAAUCACCUCCAAUGAGGAAUUCAUCUCAUACAACUACCCCCGGUACAGAGCCGACUGUCUACGGAAUCACACACCAAGACUGGACAAUGAAGGAGUGGAACUGCUGUCCAAACUGCUGCAGUUUGAGGGAAAGAAGCGCAUCUCAGCAGAGGCCGCCAUGAGGCAUCUAUACUUCCACAGUCUGGGAGACCGAGUCAUCACACUGCCUGACACUACAUCAAUAUUUUCACUUCAAGACAUUCAGCUGGAGAAGGAGCCCGGCUGUAGAAGCAGCUCCUUGUCUGACUCAGUGAACAGCAUAUCUCGACGUCAGAGCCUGCUUUUCUGAGUGGAGUGAGAGAGAGAUGGACGAACGAGAGGACGGGAAGCUGAGACAUUUCCGUGUGCGAUGAAGGGAUACAUAUUCAUCGUCUUUAUACCUUUUGAAUUGUCAUUGUUGGUCCAUUUAGUGUUGAGAGAGGUUCACUAGCUGUUUACAUGUAAGAUGAGGCUGAGGAGGAUACCUGUUUUUCUUCUGUGUUUGCUCUCAAUAUGCACUCUCUCCUCUAUAUAGAAAAGUUUACUGUCACAGACACACUUUUACCAUCAAGUAUACUGUAAAUGCUGACAGGCAAAGAAAGCCUUACCAUUUUUCCUUGUAUAGCUAACUACUGUGAUCUUUAGUUUACAGGCUGACAUAAUUGCAGCCCUGUAUAAUUAAAUUUAGACAUGUCAGGACAUUCUUUGAAUGCAAUAAUCAUCACCCGUACAUUUUAAUGGAUUUGGACCAAAGUUUUCGACUCACUUAAAUUAUGCACAAUGCUAAUGUAAUCCCCCUAGCUAGAACCUUUCUAUUGUUUAUUGUAUAAUACCACAAUGAAGGAAUAAUUAGAAAAAUGACAAAGCUUGAAUAAGUGAUAAGUUGAUUAGAGUUGUCUUCUAAUUGAGGGGGGAAUAAUAUGGUGAGGCUGUAGUGUCUCACCUUGGUCUUCCACACCCCCAUUUCCACCACAGCAAGGUAUUACAGUCUAUCCCUCCCAUUUCCACCACAGCAAGGUAUUAGUCUAUCCCUCCCAUUUCCACCACAGCAAGGUAUUACAGUCUGUCCCUCCCAUUUCCACCACAGCAAGGUAUUACAGUCUGUCCCUCCCAUUUCCACCACAGCAAGGUAUUACAGUCUAUCCCUCCCAUUUCCACCACAGCAAGGUAUUACAGUCUAUCCCUCCCAUUUCCACCACAGCAAGGUAUUACAGUCUAUCCCUCCCAUUUCCACCACAGCAAGGUAUUACAGUCUAUCCCUCCCAUUUCCACCACAGCAAGGUAUUACAGUCUAUCCCUCCCAUUUCCACCACAGCAAGGUAUUACAGUCUAUCCCUCCCAUUUCCACCACAGCAAGGUAUUACAGUCUGUCCCUCCCAUUUCCACCACAGCAAGGUAUUACAGUCUAUCCCUCCCAUUUCCACCACAGCAAGGUAUUACAGUCUGUCCCUCCCAUUUCCACCACAGCAAGGUAUUACAGUCUGUCCCUCCCAUUUCCACCACAGCAAGGUAUUACAGUCUAUCCCUCCCAUUUCCACCACAGCAAGGUAUUACAGUCUAGCCCUCCCAUUUCCACCACAGCAAGGUAUUACAGUCUAGCCCUCCCAUUUCCACCACAGCAAGGUAUUACAGUCUAGCCCUCCCAUCUCCAUCAAUCCAAGGUAUUACAGUCUAGCCCUCCCAUCUCCAUCAAUCCAAGGUAUUAGUCUAGCCCUCCCAUUUCCACCACAGCAAGGUAUUACAGUCUAUCCCUCCCAUUUCCACCACAGCAAGGUAUUACAGUCUAGCCCUCCCAUCUCCAUCAAUCCAAGGUAUUACAGUCUAUCCCUCCCAUUUCCACCACAGCAAGGUAUUACAGUCUGUCCCUCCCAUUUCCACCACAGCAAGGUAUUACAGUCUAUCCCUCCCAUUUCCACCACAGCAAGGUAUUACAGUCUAUCCCUCCCAUUUCCACCACAGCAAGGUAUUACAGUCUAUCCCUCCCAUUUCCACCACAGCAAGGUAUUACAGUCUAUCCCUCCCAUUUCCACCACAGCAAGGUAUUACAGUCUAUCCCUCCCAUUUCCACCACAGCAAGGUAUUACAGUCUGUCCCUCCCAUUUCCACCACAGCAAGGUAUUACAGUCUGUCCCUCCCAUUUCCACCACAGCAAGGUAUUACAGUCUAUCCCUCCCAUUUCCACCACAGCAAGGUAUUACAGUCUGUCCCUCCCAUUUCCACCACAGCAAGGUAUUACAGUCUAUCCCUCCCAUCUCCAUCAAUCCAAGGUAUUACAGUCUAUCCCUCCCAUCUCCAUCAAUCCAAGGUAUUAGUCUAUCCCUCCCAUAUCCGUAAUCAUUGAAGGGGGAUAUUAGUUUAGUACCAGGUAGAUUAAUCCCAACAGUGUCAUGGUGGCAUUUGGGGGAAAUCCUCAUGUUGUAUUUAUUUAUUUAUUUUCAUAAUGCUGUGCUUGGCUGAUAUGGUACAAUGGUUUGAAAGAAAAGCACUUCUGUUCUAUUUUCACACAACGUUUUGCAGUUCUCUGAGGAAUCCAUAGCACUUACAGGAAUUCUCCUCAUUCUUGCAGGAAUUCUGGAAUUUGGGGAACCGUUGUACCAAAAACCUGGAGAUGGCGUUCUCUUUAUUGAUUAUAUAGACAUGCAUCCAAUACAAAUUGAGCUUCCACAGUGAAACAUCACAACCCUGAUAGGUUUAAUGACUCUUUAGGGCACAGGGUACAGUAUUGUUGGGUGUAAUGUAAUUGUGUUUACACAUCUACCUGUUUGGAGUGAAAGAGACAGUCUGCAAAUGUCCCCACUAUGUACAGGUUGAUGUGUGGUCAUCAUUCUGAGGAGAGUGAGAGAGUGCACCAGACACAGUGUCACUACUUUUACACCGCCUGCUGAUGUAGUUAGCCCACCUAUUAACCACGGCUGUUGUUCUAAAGCAGUGGUUCCCAACCUUUUACCCAUGUGCAUUUUACCAGUAGGCCUGUGGUCUCAUGAGUCUUCUCAAGUACCCCCUGUGGAUAGGCCAAGUUCCCCUGGUUGGGAACCACUGCUCUAAAGCACUUCAGUAUGUGGAUUCUGUGAAAACCAAAGUGAACAUGCAUAAAACUGUCAUCUGAAAUUUCUGGCUCGUCGUUUUGAAUGGGGAUAGAUGAUGUGUUUCAAACCUCAAAUAACCAAAGUAUACAUUUUUGGAUUGAGGCGGUAACUUGGAGAGAAAUGCAGUUGGUUAUGAAUUCUCACCAUCUCAACCAUUGGGUUAGUUUGGUGGGUUGGGGUGUGAUCCUAGCAGCGAGAUGUUGUGAACUUAGUAAGUGUGAAUGAGAGAGUGUGUGUGUGUGUGUAUGAGAGAGCCAGAGUGAGAGAGUCAGAGCAGAGGAUAUGUGUCGUGAAGCACGGCAAUGUUAUAUUGUGGAAAAAGAAUAUGGUAUGUUGUAAAUAACCUUAGACUAUUUUACGGAACCGAGCAGAGGACUGUGCAAUGAGAUGAGGAUACUCUUCUCAUUGUCAUUUUGAAGAUAAGAAUAUAGUUUUCUUACGAUGAUCAUUGAUUAUAUUGUUAUUGUGUUCUUGUUCUUUUAAUGAGAAAAGGUUUAUUUGUUCAUAGAAUACAUAAUCGGUGUAGAUAUUUGGAUUUGAUGUUUCUAAUUAGUUUUCUCUGAUGGUGAAAGGGGCUCUUCCAUAUACAUUGUCAGAAGAAGCAUGGAUAUGUUGCCAUGGAAGGGCUAAUAGGUUGGUCGCCUCUUGUCCCUUUUUAUAUUUCGCAAUAACUGUUGUACUACGCAAUAACAAGUUGUACAGUACGUGAUCCCUGUCCAAAUUUACCAGUGGAUUGAAUACUUUAUAUCUAACACAAAAACAAUGAAGUCACAACUUUAAGUAGAACAAAAAAAAUACUGGAGACUGUUUUAUUGCCCAUUGUCACUUUUACAUUUGGAUUCAAAAAGUGAGAUUUUGAUAUCACUGUUGACAAAGCGCUUCGUUUUUUUUUAUUGAGCCAAGAAACAAGAAACUUCUUGUAGUUUUCAGUAUUGAUAAAACUGUUUGACAUUUCUUUAUAAAGCAAAACAAGUUCAAUUCUAAGGUGUAGUGUAUGUGCCGAGGUUAAGACGAUGUUCUUCAGUUGUCAAGGAGAGUUGGAUUACAGAUUGGACAAUGCAAUUAGGACAAUGCAAUGAGACUUGGUUUUGAAGCAGCUUUACCAUACAGCCCAGCAUAUCUAAUGGGCAUGUGAUGUGUUGAUGAGGUUGAAAAGGUAUGAACAUGUACUGUAAACUGGUGUGUGUGUGUGUAUACCUAUGUAGGUACUGUACUGUAAAACAUACCAAUUGAAAAGGAAUUUAAACAAACACAAGCAAUACAUUUGGCAAAUGUCUGAUGCAGAAGCCUGCCAAACAAGUUGGUGCUCUGAUGGCAUUUAGGAAUGGCAUGUUAUGCGGAGGCUACAGUACACAGCAUUGUGACGUUUUUCCUAUAGUUGGUUGGGAAAACGGGGUCAUAUUCAGUAGGUAUAACACUACAGGAAGCUGCAGAUAUAAAUGGAAUGUAGCCUAUGGAGCAACCAACACAUUAGACUGGCAUUUUUCUCUGACACGUUCUUCAUGGCUGCACAUCUGAAUAUGUUUUAGAUCUGUGUGUAUAUUGUAUGAAUAUGUAAAUGCUCAAGAUGUUUUGUGAAGAGAAUGUUUUGUUUGAUAGGCUCCGUCCACUGUGUGUAAAAACUGGAUUUGGAUAUUCAAAAGCUCUUUGGAUUGCGGCAAUAGUUAUUAUUUUCCCCAUCUGAGCAGCGGUUUGGAAAGGACUACAGUGUAAAUUGUCAAGUGAAAUACCACGCCAUCAUGAACCCGUGGUUAUUAUAUCGGUGACACACUGAAAUACCACGCCAUCACGAACCCGUGGUUAUUAUAUCGGUGACAAACUGAAAUACCACGCCAUCAUGAACCCGUGGUUAUUAUAUCGGUGACACACUGAAAUACCACGCCAUCAUGAACCCGUGGUUAUUAUAUCAGUGACACACUGAAAUACCACGCCAUCAUGAACCCGUGGUUAUUAUAUCGGUGACACACUGAAAUACCACACCAUCAUGAACCCGUGGUUAUUAUAUCGGUGACACACUGAAAUACCACGCCAUCAUGAACCCGUGGUUAUUAUAUCGGUGACACACUGAAAUACCACGCCAUCAUGAACCCGUGGUUAUUAUAUCGGUGACACACUGAAAUACCACGCCAUCAUGAACCCGUGGUUAUUAUAUCGGUGACACACUGAAAUACCACGCCAUCAUGAACCCGUGGUUAUUACAUCGGUGACACACUGAAAUACCACAGAUAUAUGGCUGAGAGUGCUCCCUUCUGGGUAGUGAUACACAAUCUUCCUGGACUUGUCAGAUGGACUAGAUACAGCGAAAAACAGAGCUUGGCACAUUUGCUUUAUGGAAGCAAAAUAAUUCACGCAAAUGCUUUAUUUCUUCACAACUACAUACAUUUAGUCAGACAAUAUAAGAAAAUAUUUACAGUCAUGACAGUCACUGGCCAAUGUAAUGUUUGCUCCUGUAUUUAUCCACUCUUUUGAGUGUCUGAAUCUUUUAAUGUAACUGUACUACAAACACUUAUCUACAAAUAAUGCCAUUCGGAAUAGUAUUUUAUGAAUGUAAUUGUCCUCCUGGGGUUUGAUUUAGCCAAAGUUUCACUUCAAUUAAAUAGCCGUGUAUUAAUGGUCUUCAGCACGUCACGAUUCUAGCUCACCCCAGUGAAUUGGGAGGAUUAAGACCAUAAUACUAUAGAGAGAUUAUUUUGAUUCAUUUAACACAACCCGAGGAACUUGGUUAUAUGAGCUGUUAGUAUAUUCCCCAUUAAAGAAGAAUUCAUUUUAAAGGCAAAACAUUUACAAACCACAAUUUUGAACAGAUGAUUACAGCAUUGGUUGUGUAAUUCUCCUUUUAUAAAAUAUAUUUUGGUGAUAUAACGCUAUGCUAUAUUGUCCGCGUCUGUACAUUUAAAAUGUUAUUACCUUUUGACUGGAUUUAUUAAGAUAUUUCAUAGUCUAUCGGUUGAUAUACAGUUAAUCAACAAACAAAUGUGUACAACACAGCUAUAAAUGCACGCCUCAAUGUGUAUUGUAAAAGAGCUUUGCUUUUGGUUGCCAUCAGCUUUUGCCUCAGUCCAAUACCAAAGUUAUCUGCAAUAUUGCAUGAUAUGAUUCUUCCGAACUUUGCUCAGAAGCUGUCAAAUUGCUCUGUGUGUCUUUAAGUCAGCCAUUUCCUUCCAAGUAACUGCAAACUAUAAAUUGCUUUGUUGAGUCCACAUACAGUGCUGUGAAAGUCUUUGCCCCUUUCUGAUUUUCUCUAUUUUUGACAUUGAAUGUUACCAGAUCUUCAACCAAAAUUUGAGUGAAGAAAUAAAGCAAAAAUUACAUAUAUUGUUUAUUUAAUAAACAAAGUUAUGCAACACCCAAUGCCCUGUGUAAAAAAGUAAUUGCCCUCUUACACUCAAUAACUGGGUGUGCCUCCUUUAGCUACAUUGACUGCAACCAAACGCUUCAUAUAGUUGUUGAUCAGUCUCUCACAUCGCUGUGGAGGAAUGUUGUCCCCCUCUUCCGUUGAGAAAUGCUCUAACUUAGUGGCAUUUGUUGAUUUUCAAAUAUGAACUGCUCAUUACAGGUCCUGCCACAACAUUUCAAUCAGGAUCAGGUCUGAACUUUGACUAGAACAUUCUAAAACUUCAAAUUUGUUGCUUUUCAACUAUUCGGAUCUAGACUUGUUUUGUGUUUUUUGGAUCAUUGUCUUGCUGCAUAACCCAGCUGUGCUUCAGCUUCAAUUCACGGGCGUCUGGCCUGACAUUCUCCUGAUACAGAGCAGAAUUUAUGGUUCCUUCAAUGAUGGCAAGUCAUCCAGGUCCUGAGGCAGCAAAGC